AUGCCACGCUUUUUUCCUCAACCGACGGGUAAAUUACAUUCAUUGGUAUCAGGUCUUCUGAAAGGAAACAUAUACAAAAAGCCACCGCCAUGGUACCCAGUUAUGAAGCUGAUACCACCCGGACCUUCACUUAUUCGCGGUGGCAUAUCAUUUACCGCGACUCCACAUUCUUUAACAGCAACCACAGUCUCUCCUGUACCAGCUAACGACUCCUCGAUUUCCUCAAAGUUUCCCUCGUCCGUGGUUUCACCUGAUGAUCAAUCUGCCGCGGUUUCACCUGAUAAUCAAUUCGCCGCUGUUUCAUCUGAUAAUGCAUCCUCCAACUAUUCCUUCUCUUCCUACACUUGCUGGUGUGUUGCUUAUUUAGUUGCAGCUUACAUCUCUCACGUUACUGCGUCGCUUCCUCUUGCAACGAAAAAAGGCCGUUCGCAUUCGUCGAAACAUCUUCGUCAAAAACAUGCACGCCCUCAGCCGAUAGUCUAUCCGGAAGACAGACUGCGCAGAAUAUUUUACCGCGAUCAUCCAUAUGAAUUAUUGAGACCGCAGGUAUUGAUUGAGAAGGAUGUGCCGAGGAGGACGGUCUGGGAUAGCUUGACGAGUAAAGGCGAGGCACCGUCUGAUAUUACUGGAGAGAGUGUAAUCCAAUACCAAUUACACCUAAUGUCUGAGCAAGGCCUUUCUGAACGGGAAGCCUACGUAAUAGCGUGUAGAGAGUUCUAUGCAGUACGUGCCCGCGAGGAAGUGGAACAACGUGUGGCUGAAGAACAGGCUCUUGCAUUUGGUGCAAAAAGAGUUAAUUCUGAAGCAAUCAAGGCUAUUAAGAAGGAGACAAAGAUCGUUCGGAAGACACUUCAAGACGUUGUACAAAAUACUUUAAGGUUAAAUGCUAGAAAAGUAGGCGUGUAA